AUGGGUAGUUAUACGCAAGGCUUUAUCUUGUGUGGGUUAUGUGUGAUUACCCUGCCCCCUCCUCCUCCCCAGCUUUGGAAGGUGCGGAAGAAGGGAGACACAUUCCUCCACUCAGCGGGGGAGAAGAACGGGGGAAAGGUGGAGUGUGAGACUGUUUUUUUAUUAUUGUUGGCGUUGCGUGCAUCUGUGCGUUUUGAACUCUCUUCAUUUUUAUACACUCGAGCAUUUCAGGAAGACGAUCCUCUUUGUCAUGUUAUUAUACCGCUUAUUUAUGUUCUUGCAUUGUGUAUGUCUCGCUUGGGCUUUGGCCUUCCUCAUAAUGUUUGUUGGUUCGUUUGCCCGCUUCUCUUUAUUCCCCCUUUGUUUGCCACCUCUAGCGCAAGUAGCCUGCAGCUUGAUUUGGCAUACACCGCACUGGGAAAUCUUCAAAUCCUUUAUUCAAUUUACUUAUAUUGUUUUUUUUUUGCUUUCUUGUCGCAGGAAUUACAAAUCAUGUUUUCCCGCACGCUUCUGCGGCGAAUUGGGAGUGACACCUACGGCGGGUGGCCUUGGCCGGUAAAACUUCCAUUCAAGGCGGAUUGGUAUCAUAAGUUUAGUCGCCGGCAAAGCAUCGCUGACGAAACACGCGAGUACGCCGUUGUUGGGGAUAUCUUGGUGCUUGGCACUGUGGCUUUUGCGAUGUACCGCGUAAAUGAGCUCUAUUUUCGCAGCAACGCCUACCAGACGCACCUUUGUCACCUCAUUCAGGCACCGCCGGCUAUAAUAGCCAACGACUUCGACUUUAAUAAGAUGGAAAACAACCGCAGGGUUUCACGAGCCGCCUUGGAUGAAUAUCGGGAAGCCGUUGUAUCUUGCAAAGCGAGGCGCGAGCCCGUUGAAACCGUCAUUUUCAAAUAUUAG